GUAGCCAACACAUGGUAGAGAUCAGCAAGUGUGUAUGUUAGAUUUUUAUUUGUGUGUGAGAGAGAGAUUAGGUAUCUAUGAGAGAGGAGAAGUUAGAGAAGGCACAAUUUUCACUACAGUGUGGAUGUAACUUCAGCAUUUUAAUUGACAUUGCGGGUUGUUUCCACAUCCAGACAUGCAGACUGGAAAUGCAGGUUUGUUAGUCUUGUUGAUUCGCCUUUGCCUUUUGACUUCAGGCACUCUGACAAAAGCAGUGGACAACACAGAGGGAAAUGAGGCAGCUUCAGAGAAACUCAUCCGUCACUCCCACUCUCUGUGUGCUGGUGAACAAGAGUAUGUUGACAGGAGGAAAAUUGUAGUUCUGGAGUCACUCAACAGCCUGGGAAUCAACUGUACUGCUGAUUCUAUUCCCCACAUUGCUCUUCUGGCGUCAGGUGGGGGUCAGAGGGCAGCUGUGGGUCUGGUGGGUUUUCUCUAUCAGAUGGAAAAGGAAGGUCUGCUGGACACUCUGCUCUACCUGGGAGGAGUUUCUGGGUCAACAUGGUCCAUGUCCUCCCUGUACAGUGACCCGCAGUGGAGCACCAACAUGGACAGAGCAGUGUCAAGGUUAUCAGGUCCUGGGGUCGAGCUGGAGCAGGUUCUGGCCUGGUUGGGUGACAGGGCAAAAGAGGAGCACUUCUCUCUCGCUGAUAUCUGGGCUGUUCUAACUUCUGCUGUGAUCAUGAAACAGAUGGACCUGCGGCAUCUUUCAGAUGAGGCCAGUAGGAAUGCCACAAACCCUUACCCCAUUUAUAGCGCCAUCGAGAAGAAAUGCUUUUCAGACGGGCCUAUAGAAGGGAAAUGGUUUGAGGUGAGCCCUCAUGAAGCUGGAUUCACAGAGAUGGGUGUCUUUGUUGAAACAUCUCUUUUGGGCAGCAAAUUCCAAAGUGGAGAGCUGCUAGAGGUGACCCCAGAGAUGGACAUGGUAAGACUACAAGGUAUUCUAGGUUGUGCUUUGGCUCAUGAGGAGGUUAUCAGAGAAUUCAUCCCUCCCUGGCUGAAUGUGCCUGGGCAAGUAGACAGUGCUGCUGAGGAAUACCUGCGCAUAUACAGAACCAUUGAUAAACUGGUGGUCCUGACCAGAAGUACCAUUAAUGAUCCUACUGCUCUGUCUGAACUGAAUAAACUGCAGAAAACACUAACAGACAAGGUAACUCUGAAUGAGUCUGCCUUGCUUGAGUCCAAGAGUUUGGAGGAAAGAAAAAGUAUUUUUCAGCAGUGGAGUCUGGAGCUGCUGGCAGCAGUAGAGACCUGGAGCCAAAGUCUGGAGGAUGGAGCUUUCAAAACACAUGUGUCUCUGCUUACUAAGCAAGUUCUUCCCCUGAUUUUGAAAUGGGAGUGGGGAACUACAAAAAACUUCCUGUACCAAUAUCAAGGUCUCACCAUUCCACCUUGCCUUCAAUCUAAAGAAAAAUUACAUCUGGUGGAUGCUGGGCUGUUGAUUAAUGUAGCGUACCCUCCAUUUCUGGGGGACAAGAGAGACAUUGACCUCAUGAUUGCACCAGAGUUCAGCGCUGGAAACAUGUUUGAGACUCUGACUCUUGCCAGAGACUAUGCAACUGAAGUGAGGAAGCCUUUCCCAGAGAUAGACAACAAAAUCCUGGAGGAGAGAGACUGGCCAAAGGACUGCUACGUGUUCGAGGGAAAAGAGAAGGAGCCCACGAUCAUUUACAUGCCACUCUUCAACAGACAGAACUGCAAAGAUGCAGAGGAGUUCAAAGCAAGGAUGGAGGAGUUCUCCACCUUCCAGUAUGCCUUCAGCCAGGAGAAGAUUGAGUUUAUGUUAGAGACGGUGAAAGCUAACAUGAAGAACAACAAGGAUACUCUGGUGAGAGAGAUAAAUAAGGCCGCUCUACGCAGACAGAAUAAGAGGUAUAACAGCAGGCUUUGAGCAGAUUUGUGGGAGCAGCAGGAGGCUUGUCAUCAUAGAACAGAUUCUACAGCUCCGGAGGCAGAAAUACCUGCAGAAAGAGACAAGAGAUGGAAGAACACAAUACUAUGAGAAAGGGAGGAUAUCGAGUUAGCACCAUGUAUUUAUGAGAUAUAAUUACAUGUAGAUAGAGAAUAUGUUAACUGAACUUCAGAAAACAAGUUCAAUAAACUUAAGAUAUCAAGUUAAAUCAACUGUUUAGUCACAUGGACAGUAAUUAUACAGACCUGUUUUCCUUUUACAUUUUCUCAGUUCAUUUGACAUAAAACUUAAAGAAGUGAUUUUGAUGUUAGACAACAUCCAGCCUUGGAUGUUAACUUUGUACUGACAAAACUGCUUAACGCUUAGACAUGUUAAAUAAUAAGUGUACAAGGUUUGGGACUGGAUUCAGUCCUAACAUUAAUUUUUGUUAACAUUGUUUUCAUUAUCAUGGAACGAAACAACCAUGACUUGACUUACAUGUAUUGAAGACACACAGCAAGUUUACAUUACGUCUCUUCAAACUACUUUAUAAACUUAAUUUAAUAAGUUGAGUAAUUGUCAGCAAUCCACUCUAGUCAAGUGGUACAGAUAUUCAAAGUUGAAUCAACUUUAAAUUGGCCAAACUUAUUUAGUUACAUUUUACAUUCGGUGAAAUAUGCCAAUUAAGUGUACUAAAAUCUUUUUUUUAAAACUCUUAGUAAAUUGGAAAGCCACGAUGAUUAUGAUAUGGUGAACAGAAUAAUAUUUUUUAUAGUUUGAUAUAGUUAAUUCUAAUUAAUAUUGGCAUCAUAUUUAUAAUCAAUAUAUAUAUAUAUAUAUAUAUAUAUAUAUAUAUAUAUAUAUAUAUAUAUAUAUAUAUAAUUAAUUCAGAUUAAACCAAUAAAAUUCUUAAGGCAAACAAGAAUUUCCCGCAUGUGAAGAAAGGCAGUCUUGCUGUUAAUAACUUCAUAGGUUUGGACCACUUUUGGUCAUAUUUGCAGUUGAUUUGUAGUACAAAAUCCAAAGUACAGCUUGACUUGAAUAGCAAAAUAGUUACUAUAAAUAUUACAUUGGUCAAACCUAAGAGAAAACUCUAAGUAGUCUGAAGUCGCUAAUUAGUGCUAUUUAAGAACAAAUCUGUUUGUACAACUGGUUCUUGCAUGAGAACCAGUGUGUGUGAAGGGAGAUGGAUGGAUAAAAAUGGACUCAAUAAAAGGAGUUUAUGCAAUAUCUGUGUAUCACUGUGUGUCUGAGACAGAGAGAGAGAUGUGGAUGGCAGGUGAAUAAAUAACCGACUUAUCAGAAAUCUAA